UGUUUCUCUACCGUUGAAGCCAUGUCAGAUCCUGCCAGGUAUACUGUGGGUUUGAUUUGCGCCUUGUCCGUGGAAUACAUUGCUGCACGGGAGUUUCUCGAUGAAGAGCACGACAAACCGAGCUUUGUGUCGCCAAACGAUGCCAACGACUAUACGCUAGGCAAGAUAGGCAAACACAACGUUGUCAUCGCCAAGCUGCCCGAUGGUGAAUAUGGAACAGCUUCCGCGGCGAGUGUAGCGACAGACAUGCUUAACAGUUUUCACAACAUCAGGAUUGGCCUUAUGGUCGGGAUUGGCGGGGGUGUACCAAGCGAGAGCCAUGAUAUUCGCUUGGGCGAUGUUGUGGUCGGUGCGCCUCGAGGUGGCAAGAGUGGUGUUCUUCAAUACGAUUUUGGCAAGUCGAUCCAGAAUCAAAGUUUUCAGCAUCCGUGGUUCUUCAACCUGCCGCCGGCUAUAUUACGCGCUGCAAUAGCAGAUAUUCAAACACAAUACGAGAGAAAAGGGCAUCAAUUCGAGGAGGCCAUCAACAGCGUUCUUAGAAAGAACAUAAGACUACGUCAGAUGUACAAACGGCCAGAACCAAUCGCGGAUAGGCUGUUUCUUCCGGAAGUUAUUCAUCACCAAGUAGGCUGUGAGAAAUGUGCAGCUGAUCCUUCAACGUUGGUACUACGGAGUGAGAGGGCCGACGACAAAUAUAACCCUGCCAUUCAUUAUGGCCUCAUUGCUUCUAGCAAUCAGUUAAUGAAGGAUGCUGUGAUUCGAGAUCGGCUUGCCGCGGAAAAUGACGUUCUCUGUUUCGAAAUGGCAGCCGCUGGGCUGAUGAACACUUUCCCAUGCCUAGUCAUCCGAGGGAUCUGUGACUACUCGGACUCACACAAGAACAAAGAGUGGCAAGGAUAUGCAGCUAUAGUGGCAGCUGCAUACGCGAAAGACCUUCUGCAGAGGAUCCCUCCGAACAGAAUUGAAGCCGAGGAGAGGGUCAGUGUUAUUGUGUGUGAGGAGCUGAAAGGCAUCAACCAUCGCUUAGAUCAAGUAUACAGUCAACAGGAGCGACACUUUAGUGAACAGAUAGCAAGAGCCUUAACGGAUCAGCAGCGCCGAUGCCACCAUCUGUUCAAGGUCGUUAACUACGCAGAGCAAAAGAACAUCAACCAAAAACGGGCUAAGGGAACCUGUCGGUGGGCCUUGCAGAGCUCUGAGUACAUCCGUUGGUGGGAAAGCAACAGCAAUGACCUUCUCUGGGUGUCGGCUGACCCAGGCUGCGGCAAAUCUGUCCUGGCCAGAUCAAUCAUCGACGAUUACUCAGAGAACUCCCAUCCAUCUGUGAGAAUAUGUUACUUUUUUUUUAAUGAAAAUGAUCAGCAGAACAAUCUUGCUACGGCACUAUGUUCCGUACUUCAUCAGCUAUUUAGCCAACAGCCAUAUCUAUUACAACAUGCUAUUCCGACCUGGGAAAAGAAUGGGGAGACACUCCGACAAGAAGUCGAUGAGCUUUGGCGGAUCUUGAUAGCGGUAGCGUCAGCUGACACAUCAUGUAAUACCAUUUGCGUACUUGACGCACUUGAUCAGUGUCGCGAAAUGGAUCAGCGCCGAUUCAUUGAAAAGCUCCAAGCGUUUCAUCGCCAGCCAUCUUCGUUAAUAGAGAAAAGCUGUCUGAAGUUCUUGCUAACCAGUCGUCCCUAUGAUCAUAUACAGUAUCACUUUCGAGCAAUCACCGCUUCUUUCCCACGUAUACAUAUCAAGGGGGAGGAGCAGAAUGACCAAAUCCAUGAGGAGAUUGAUCUAGUGGUGAGGGCUCGGGUGAGAGAACUAGCUGAGACAAUACCACUCUCGCCAGAUCUUCAUCAUCGAAUCGAACAGCAGCUGCUUAAAACGGAACACCGUACAUAUCUUUGGCUACACCUAGCUAUCGAUGAUAUCCGCACUACCUUCAAAGACGGCCUCCGACCUGUAGAGGAUUGGAUUACGCUGAUUCCACCUUCUGUGAAUGCAGCAUAUGAGAAGAUACUCUCUCGAGUCCCAGCCGAUCAAAUGGAAGAAGUCAAGAAGAUCCUAGAGAUCAUCGUGGCGGCACGGCGUCCUCUGACAAUACAAGAGAUGGCUAUGGCGUUGGGAAUUGCUACUAGCUCAGGAUCAUCAACAAAACAGGCUGGGCUAGAUCUGAUUGGUUUAGACGGCAUACUUCGGCGAUGUUGCGGCCUGCUUAUCUUUACUAGCAAUUCGAAAAUCUUCUUAAUCCAUCAAACAGCCAGAGAAUUUCUCAUUACGAAGAAAGAUUCCAACAAUCCCAAUUGCGCAUACUGGCACAGUCUGACUGAUGCGGAAGAUCAGAUGGCUAAGAUCUGUUUGCGAUACUUGUUGAUGGAGGAUUCAAAAUACGAUGGUGAAUCGGGCCCCUUUAGUGGAAGUUUCUUGGAAUAUUCAGCAGUACAUUGGCCCGAUCACGUACGAAACAUGUCUUUGACUUCAAUGCUAAAAGAAACGGACCGAGUGCAUCGAUUAUACGACACGAAUGGGAAACCUUUCUUGAGGUGGUUUCCCAUUUUUUGGAGGACGAUCAGACCAUACGAAAGAGCUCCUGUGAUGAGUGCACUGCAUCUGGCAGCAUUUAAUGGCCAUGAACAACAGGUAUAUUCUAUACUUGAUGUCGAUGAAAAUGACGUCAAUGCACCUGAUGAUACAGGAAUAUAUCCAGUCACGUGGGCUUCAAUCAAUGGACAUGAUAGGAUUGUGCAACUUAUGUUAGAGCGAGGAGCCGAUGCGAACGCCCAGGGUGGAGAGUACGGAAAUGCCCUCCAGGCUGCUUGUGAUAGAGGACACGACAAGAUCGCACAGAUGCUACUAGACCAAGGAGCCGAUGUCAACGCCCAGGUCGGAUCUAACGGAAAUGCCCUCCAGGCUGCUUGUGAUAGAGGACACGACAAGAUCGCACAGUUACUGCUAGACCGAGGAGCCGACAUCAACGCCCAGGGUGGACGCUACGGAAAUGCCCUCCAGGCUGCUUGUGACAGGGGACACGACAAGAUCGCACAGUUGGUACUAGACCAAGGAGCCGAUGUCAACGCCCAGGGUGGACGCUACGGAAAUGCCCUCCAGGCUGCGUGUAGCAGAGGACACGACAAGAUCGCACAGUUGCUACUAGACCGAGGAGUUAAUGUCAACGCCCAGGGUGGACGCUACGGAAAUGCCCUCCAGGCUGCUUGUGAUAGAGGACACGACAAGAUCGCACAGAUGCUACUAGACCGAGGAGCCGAUGUCAACGCCCAGGGUGGACGCUACGGAAAUGCCCUCCAGGCUGCUUGUGACAGGGGACACGACAAGAUCGCACAGUUGCUACUAGACCGAGGAGCCGAUGUCAACGCCCAGGGUGGACGCUACGGAAAUGCCCUCCAGGCUGCGUGUGGCAGAGGACACGACAAGAUCGCACAGAUGCUACUAGACCGAGGAGUUAAUGUCAACGCCCAGGGUGGACGCUACGGAAAUGCCCUCCAGGUUGCUUGCUCUAGAGGAUACGUCAAGAUCGCGCAGAUGCUGCUUCAGCACGGAGCCGAUGCUAACCUGACGGCUGGUAGCGUCUCUGCCCUUUCCUUGGCUACCCAAAGCCGGAAUGGCGAUCUUCUGGAAUUGCUUCUUGUCUCCGGAGCAAAUGUUGAAACAGCACUACAACCGCUAGAUUCAACAGAUGACCAGGCUUACCUGAAACAAAAUGCGCUGGAUUAUGCUGCUGCUGCAGGAAAUCACAACAUGGUGAAGAUUCUGAUCUCAGCAGGAGCCGAUGUCAAUCAUGCGUCGAAAUCAGAUCUUAGGGUGCCUUUGCACCUGGCAGCUGAAUCAGGCCAAAUUGACGUGAUUACGGCAUUACUUGAUGCAAACGCGGACCCCACGAAGGAAGACAGCUUGUCUAGGAAUGUUCUGUAUUAUGCUAGCCUUGCUGGUUCAACCUCAGUUGCUCAGAUCCUUGAGAGUGCAAUCGGUCACUACAACAGAGGAUUCAAGCUCGGACUGUGCUACAGGGCUAAUACCGGAGGAUUUUCGACAUCCUUCACGCAUACAGACAAAGGCGAUGUCAAGGAUUGCGCCGAUAUUCUCUGA